AUAGAGUCUAACUUGUGUGUUGAGAAGAGAAAAAAAUGUCAGGUAGAUCAUCAGAUGUUGUAAUAGUAUUAGAUGAUGAACAUGAUCAAAGUCAUAAUCGAGUUCACGAUGAGGAUGAAAGUAUUACUAUUAGUCAUACUGAUCAACUACCAAUGAUGAUCAACAAUACUAACGAUUAUGACGAUGAUGAUGAGUUGAGGAAGAAGAAUAAACGUAGUAAUUCAUGGCAUAAACUAGGUCGUUGCGAUUCACUUGAGGUUGAAUCAGGCAAAGUUGGUAAUAACCAUCAGCAUCAUCGACAUGGUCAUGCCGGAUCCAAGGCAGUUGAUUGGUCGACAAUCUUGCACCUAGCUUUCCAAAGUAUUGGGGUAAUUUAUGGAGAUAUCGGGACAUCUCCACUGUAUGUGUACGCAAGUACAUUCACGGACGGCAUCAAACACAAUGAUGACAUCUUGGGUGUACUCUCUUUGAUCCUCUAUACGAUUACUCUAAUACCUGUCAUCAAGUAUAUCUUCAUCGUCUUACGUGCUACUGACAAUGGCGAAGGAGGAACGUUUGCGUUGUACUCGUUGAUAUGCAGGUAUGCAAAGGUUGGUUUGAUACCGAGUCAACAAGCAGAGGAUCGAGACGUAUCAAAUUACCAGUUGGAGUCACCAAAUGAUGGUGGUGCUCGCAGGGCUUCAAACGUGAAAUCUAAGCUUGAGAAUAGCUUAUUUUCAAAGUACUUCCUCUUAUUUGCUACCAUGCUCGGUACUUCUAUGGUCAUUGGUGAUGGUGUUCUUACACCUUGCAUCUCAGUUCUAUCAGCUGUUGGAGGGAUAAAGGAGGCUACAUCAUUUAUGACAGAAGAUAGGAUUGUUUGGGUGUCAAUUGCAAUCUUGAUUUGCUUGUUCUUAGUACAAAGGUUUGGAACAGAUAAAGUCGGGUACUGUUUUGCCCCAUUGAUUUGUAUCUGGUUCGCGUUCAUAGCUGGGGUCGGGCUUUACAAUUUCAUCAAAUACGAUCUCAAAGUAAUCAAGGCAUUAAACCCGAAAUACAUUAUCGAUUACUUUCAAAGGAACAAGAAACAAGCUUGGGUUUCACUGGGCGGAGUUGUUCUUGCUGUUACAGGAACUGAAGCAUUAUUUGCUGAUGUUGGUCACUUCAAUGUUCUAUCUAUUCAAAUAAGUAUGUGCGCGGUAACAUACCCUUCUCUCGUCUUGGCGUACAUCGGACAAGCUUCUUAUCUUCGUCAACAUAACGAUCAAGUUGCUAAUACCUUCUACGAGUCCAUUCCAGGCUCUUUUUACUGGCCUAUGUUUGUUGUGGCGGUUUGUGCUGCAAUUAUCGCCAGUCAGGCUAUGAUAUCUGGGACUUUCUCCAUCAUUCAACAAUCACUUUCGCUUGGAUGUUUUCCUCGGGUUAAAGUCGUCCAUACAUCAGCUAAGUAUGCGGGACAAGUCUACAUUCCAGAGGUUAAUUAUCUUCUCAUGUUAGCUUGUGUAGCAGUUACGGCAGGCUUCAGAACCACUGCAAAGAUUGGGAAUGCAUAUGGCAUUGCGGUGGUGUUUGUGAUGACAUUAACUUCGUCAUUUUUGGUGCUCAUAAUGAUAGUGAUAUGGAAAACACAUAUACUCCUGGUCAUCAGUUUCGUUCUAUUAAUUGGCUCAGUUGAACUUCUCUAUUUAAGUUCUGUUCUCUACAAAUUUGAUCAAGGAGGAUAUCUUCCACUAGCAUUUGCUGCAGUCCUUGUUACCAUAAUGUAUGUAUGGAAUUAUGUUUACCGGAUGAAAUACAACUACGAACUAAACCACAAAGUUUCACCGGAAAAAGUGAAGGAAAUUACAGACAACACUAAAUUAUGUCGAAUGCCGGGACUUGCUAUGUUUUAUUCAGAACUUGUUCAUGGUAUUCCACCCAUCUUCGAGCACUAUGUGGCAAAUGUACCAGCAUUGCAUUCGGUUCUUGUAUUUGUGUCCAUAAAAUCACUUCCGAUAAGCAAAGUAGCAGCUGAAGAUCGGUUCCUUUUCAGACGAGUCAAGCCAUGCGAAUUCAAUGUUUUCCGAUGUGUUGUCAGGUAUGGUUAUACUGACGUUAGAAAUCAGCAUGAAUCUUUUGAGAGAAUGCUAGUAGAUAGCUUGAAAGGAUUCAUCGCAGAAGAUUUAUGGUUAUCCGAAGUUGAUUCCAAAAAUGGAGUUCUUAUUGAGAAUCGUGGUGAUCAUGAAGAUAAUGCAGAUGGUCAUCGCAAACCAAUAAUAGAAAGGCAGUACGAAGAUAAGGAAGAGUUGGAAAUGGUGGAGCACGCGUGGCGUGCUGGGGUUGUUCACUUGAUCGGUGAGAAUGAAGUUGUCGCUCGAAAAGGGUCAGGCUUGGCUAAGAAGAUCUUGAUAAAUUAUGCCUUCAACUUCUUGAGGAGAAAUUUGAGACAAAGUGAGAAGGUUUUUGAAAUCCCUCACAAACGUCUUCUGAAAGUUGGAAUGACAUAUGAACUUUAGUUCCUGCAGAGGUAUAAACAUAUAAACAAGCUUGUCUCACUAGCUAGCAUGUUAGAAACAGAACUACAUAUGCAUGUAUAACUGCUUUAUUUAUUUUCCAUUGCCCAAGAUCUUGAUGUAUGAAAUGUUGUACAAGCUUAAAGGCUGUUGGGCUUAAAUAAUUAUAAGAACAAGAAUUCUAGGAGUAUUCUAGUGAGUA